AUGGUAGUGGUUGGCAUGGUCCAGGAUUUCAGGGUGAUGAUCCCAAGACGGAUGGAGCCCCGCGGAGGCGGUGGCAGUGGCGAGGAGCUGGCCCUCCUGCUGGAGGUGGUGGGGCGAGGCCUGGUGGUGCGGCUGAGGCGGAAGGAGAGGGGCUUCCCGCAGGUGGACUACCCACCUUCCCUCCGGGAGGACUGCUUCUUCCAGGGCCAGGCCAACGGCCAUCCUUCCUCCCUGGCCGCCCUCAGCACCUAUGCAGAAGGCGGGGGCCUCCGGGGCCUGCUCCAAGUCACGGGAGGGGAGGCCUAUGAGAUCCAGCCCCUCCAGGGCUCCCCCACCUUCCAGCAUCUGCUCUUCCAACUAGAGGGCCAGGGCGGCGGGAGAGGGCCUGGCAGCUGUGGGCUGAACUCUGGCCAGGAGGAGGAGGAGGAAGAGGAAGAGGAGGAAGAGGAGGAAGGCAGCCUUGGAAGUAAACCUGUGGCCCAAAGCACAGAGAGCCUAGUGAGUGAGGAUGCUCCAUGGAGGGAGCCUACCAGGUACGUCAAGGUGGCCGUUGUGAUGGAGUACCAGUGCUUCCUCCAGUUCGGUGGGAAUGCCACGCUGGCGGCCGGGCGAGUGCUGGAGGCCAUCCAUAUUGCAGACUCCUUCUACAGGCCCCUGGGGAUCCACCUGCACCUCGUAGGGCUGGAGAUAUGGUCGCAGAGGAACCUCAUUGCCGUACCGAAGAGCCUGAGCGAACUACUCGACACUUUCAACACAUGGAGGAGGACGGUCCUUGCCUGGCGGCUGAGACACGACGUUGGACACUUCUUCGUCUACAAGCGUUUCGGGGCAAAGCUCAGGACGUCGUUCAUAGGAGCAGCAUGUGAUUCCGGCUGGGCGUCCUCCAUCGAGGCAUUUGUUACGUCCAGUUUGUUCUCUUUCGCCGUCACUUUUGCUCAUCAUUUGGGCCACAGCCUUGGCAUGCGACACGACGAGAAGGGCUGCGUUUGCAACCAGCGUUCUUGCAUCAUGUCUUCCAUACAAAGCUACACAAGUAGCUUCAGCAACUGCAGCUACGAGAGCUAUUUUCACCUAAUCCACAGCGGAAGUAAACAAUGUCUCUUGGUCCCUCCAGAACACGAGAAAUUAUACAAACGUGAAAACUGUGGGAAUAAGGUGGUAGAAAGUGGAGAACAAUGCGACUGCGGUUCAAAAUUUCAUUGCAAAUCUGAUGCUUGUUGCCAAUCGAAUUGUAUGUUGUGGUCAGGGACCACGUGUGCUUUUGGAAAGUGUUGUACCAACUGCCAGUUUCUUCCAGCUGGAACGGUUUGUAGGGAAAGAAUUAACAUCUGUGAUCUUCCUGAGUACUGCACUGGGAUUACAGAAUGGUGUCCCGAAGAUGUUUAUGUACAAGAUGGAGCCCCAUGCCAUGAUGGUGCCUAUUGCUAUCAUGGAAAAUGUUCUACUCACAAUGAACAGUGCAAAAUGGUCUUUGGUAAACAAGCAGCAGUUACCCCGCUAAGUUGCUUCAAAGAAAUAAAUGCUCAAGGUGACCGUUUUGGGAAUUGUGGCAUUGCUGGUAACAUUUAUAAGAAAUGUGACAAAAGUGGUGUGUUAUGUGGGAAGAUCCAGUGCAUAAACAUUAAUGAAGUGCCUAAUUUUGAUGGGAAGCACAACUUGUGCUGGGGUACAAAUGACCCAAAUGAUACUGGAGAGGUAAAAGACGGCACCCAGUGUGGCAAUGGCAUGAUAUGUAUUAAUAGGGAUUGUAUCAAAGUGUCUCUCUUGAACUAUGAUUGCAAUCAGACAAAGUGCCACAACAGAGGAGUAUGCAACUCUCAUAAAAAUUGCCAUUGUAAUUAUGGCUGGGCCCCACCAAAUUGUCUAAAAGAAGGCUAUGGUGGCAGCAUUGAUAGUGGACCCCUUCCACCCAACAGUGGCAAUGUUGGGAUGACUAGAAGAACUGUAAUAGCUAUUUUUGCUGCUUAUAUUCUUAUUACUGGAGUUGGCAUUUUGUAA